AUGAAAAUUGAGCGAGACUUCAGGAUAAGAAUCGUGCUUCCAUCAGACUUGCAGCUGAAACAAGCCAAGCUCUUCUGCUGUUGGCAGUUAAAACACCUGUUGAGGGAAUAUGAGCACAUAGUGAAGCAGAGGCUGCAGCAGUCGGCUGAUCUCUUCAGUUUCAUUCUGGAGCUGAAGACCGUUUUGGAAGUGUGCUUGAAGAGCCGACCUGAGUGCCGCUCCAUGCCCCCCCCUCAGUAUUAUACUCAGCUCAUCUCAGAGAUGGAGACCCUCGGAUGGGACAAGAUGCUUUCCAUAGACACAAACUUCCAAACGCUGAAGCUGAAGGCAGAGGACUCCGGAGGAAGGCAGCACGUUCUAAACAUUAAACUCAAGUCGAAGCAUCCCAUAGAGGCUCCUGAAUGUUCUGCUGACCUGCCAAUUCCUUUGAACAUCAACUGGACACCACAGAGCACUCUGGAUCAGCUCCACAGUCAGUUCCUGCUGGUUCUGGAGUCCCUCGCUGAGUUCUGGGACGUCCUGGAUGAAAUCGACAGGAAGACCUGGGUUCUGGAGCCAGAAAAGCCCAGCCGCUCCGACACCAUGAGGCAGAUUGCCAUCAGAGACAACGUGUCCAUCAGGGUGGACGUGGACCCCAGACACCCCAAGAUGCUGCCGGAGUGCUGCCUGCUUGGAGCUGAACACGUGGUGACACCGCUGAGGAACAAACUGAAUGCCAACAUGCACAUAUGGAACCCGGACACCAGCGUCUUGCACAACCUUCGAGAUGUUUUGGAGAUCGAAUUCCCGUCAUCGGCCACCCACGAAAAAUCUAGUUUCAGCGCGGAGUGUGGCAUCUGUUACUCGUAUCGUCUUGAGACGUCUGUCCCGGACCAAGUGUGUAAUGACCCCCGCUGUGGUCAGCCUUUUCAUCAAGCCUGUCUCUACGAGUGGCUGCGAGCACUCCCCUCCAGCAGGCAGAGCUUCAACCUCAUGUUUGGAGAGUGUCCCUACUGCAGCAAGCCUAUCACAGUCAAAAUGGCCACCCAGAAGUCAUGAGGAGAGGCUCGCUUCAUUCAG